AUGACAGUCGGACCCAUGGGACGUCAUGUGGAUGAUCUAGUCGCCGUUAUGCGUACGUUGUUACAGCGGCCGUUGUUCCAAUUAGAUGAGACGAUUCCACCCAUCAUAUUUAAUGAAGAGGCAUAUAGUAGUUUAAACAAACCUAGCCUAAUAGUUGGGUUUUACGACACAAGCUGCCAUCCAGAGCUUGCGCAAACAGUGCCAUCUGUACGUAGAGCCAUUGCGACUGCCACGAGGAUUAUGAAAAGCCAAGGGCAUCAGACAAUCCGCUUUAACCCACCUCGAAUGCUAGAUGCCUUUAGUCUGUGCUUAAAGGCAAUGGACAUUGACGGGGGUAAAACCAUGUUAAAGAUGUUGAAGGACGAACCAGAGACAGAAUUCACCAAAACCCUCAAGCAAUCUUUGAGCGUUCCUGCUGUACUCUCAAGGCUUGCAAGUCGCGUCAUCAAACGAAAGUUCAGGGGACCGGCGGAAAUGACCGCAUAUGCUCAGGGGACGUUGCAUAGUGCUGAACUGCAGGAGCUUCUGUUCCAAAUCAAGGCAUACAGAAAAGAAUUCGACAUGGCUUGGAUAGAUGCAGACAACUUUGAUGUGCUGAUCUGUCCUGUGUGGGCUACUCCUGCCUUUACGCGUGGCACAUCCAUCUUCUACACCAGCCCACUUGCAGUGUACUGUCUACUCUAUAACCUCCUCGACUAUCCGGCUGGUGUGGUUCCCAUGGGUACAGUGACUGCUGCAGAUGUCCGGGAAGCAUCCAUUUUGACAGAAGAAUUUAAAACCAGUGGGGAUGCAUUCCAUGAAAAAGUUAUGCAGCUCCAGUGUGAUACUGAAGGUCUACCACUCAGCGUACAAAUCGUUGCAAGACCAUUCCGCGAGGAGCUCGUACUUCGAGUCAUGAAACAGCUAGAGAGUGGCCUGGAAUCAGCACUUGCAACUGCGAGUGGGGGCGACAAAUUGUAAACGAAACUGACUCAUGCCGCAUUGCACGUCAGUUGCUGAAAACAAAAAGGAAUUUGUAAC